AUGGCAACUCUUAAGGAAAAACUGAUGGCACCAGGUGCAGAAGAAGAGGCAACCAUCCCAAACAAUAAGAUCACUGUAGCGGGCAUUGGACAAGUUGGUAUGGCGUGUGCCAUCAGCAUUCUAGAAAAGUCUCUGGCUGAUGAGCUUGCCCUUAUAGAUGUUUUGGAAGAUAAAGGCAAAAUGAUGGAUCUGCAACAUGAGAGCUUAUUUCUUCAGACACCUAAAAUUGUGGCAGAUAAAGAUUACUCUGUGAUUGCCAAUUCUAAGAUUAUAGCGGUGACCGCAGGAGUCCAUCAGCAGGAGAGAAAGAGCUGUCUCAAUCUAGUGCAGAGGAAUUUUAAUGUCUUCAAAUUCGUUAUUCCCCAGAUAGUCAAGUACAGUCCUGAUUGUAUCAUAAUUGUGGUUUCCAACCCAGUGGAUAUUCUCAUGUAUGUUACCCGGAAACUAAGUGGGCUACCCAAGCACCAUGUCAUUGGAAGUGGGUGUAAUCUGGAUUCUGCUAGAUUUCACUAUCUUAUCCCUGAAAAACUUGUCAUUCAUUCCAGCAGCUGCCAUCGAUGGAUUUUGGGAGAACAUGGGGACUCAAAUGUGGCUGCAUGGAGUGGAGUCAAUGUGGCAGGCAUUUCUCUCAGGAACUGA